GAUGGCCGGGUGCGUGUCCAGGGUGGAGCUGUCCGUGUCCUGCCGGAGCCUCCUCGACAGGGACCUGGGCUCCCGCUCGGAUCCCCUCUGCGUCUUGCUCCAGGAUGUGGGCGGCGGCCAGUGGGUUGAGCUGGAUCGCACAGAGAAGAUCAAGAACUGCCAAAACCCUGAAUUCUGCAAGAAACUGAUUGUGGACUACUACUUUGAGAAAGUGCAGAAGCUGAAAUUCGGCAUGUAUGAUAUCGAUAACAAGUCCUUUGAUUUAAAUGACGAUGACUACCUCGGAGGGAUUGAAUGCACGCUGGGACAGGUUGUGUCCAGCUCAGUGUUCACGCGACCACUGGAAUUGAAGCAGGGAAAGCCAGCAGGAAAGGGCACCAUUACGAUCUCAGCAGAGGAGAUUAAAGAUACCAGGGUUGUGUUCUUGGAAAUUGAAGCCCGAAACUUGGACAAAAAGGAUUUCUUAGGUAAAUCGGAUCCAUUUUUGGAGUUUUACAAGCAGAGUGAUGCUGGAACGUGGCAGCUGGCGUACAGAUCAGAGGUGAUUAAGAACAACUUAAAUCCAUGCUGGAGGAAGUUCAGUGUUCCCUUGCAGACGUUCUGUGGUGGAGAUUUUAAUAAAUCUAUCAAGGUACAGUGUGCAGAUCACGACAGCGACGGGUCACAUGACUUGAUAGGCACUUUUGAAACUAACCUGACUCAGCUGCAGAAAGCGGGUGACGGCUCUCCGGUGGAAUUUGAAUGCAUUCAUCCUGAGAAAAAACAAAAGAAAAAGAGCUACAAAAACUCUGGCAUUAUUAGGAUAAAAUCCUGCAAGAUUGAGACAGAAUAUUCGUUUCUGGACUACGUCAUGGGAGGCUGCCAGAUUAACUUUACAGUGGGUGUAGACUUCACUGGCUCCAACGGAGAUCCCAAGUCACCAGAUUCUCUUCACUACAUCAGCCCAGAUGGGAUAAAUGAGUACCUGAUUGCCAUCUGGAGUGUGGGAAGUGUAGUCCAGGAUUAUGACACGGACAAACUGUUUCCUGCGUUUGGGUUUGGAGCUCAGGUUCCUCCUAGCUGGCAGGUAUCUCAUGAGUUUGCUUUGAACUUCAACCCCAGCAACCCUUUUUGUCAAGGGAUCCAAGGAAUCGUGGAUGCCUACCGCCAGAUCCUUCCUCAGAUCCAACUCUAUGGGCCAACCAAUUUCUCUCCUAUUAUAAACCAUGUGGCAAGGUUUGCAGCACACUCAGCACAACAAGGAACUGCUUCACAAUAUUUUAUCUUGCUGAUCAUCACAGAUGGAGAGAUCACUGAUCUGGACCAAACUAGGCAAGCAAUUGUUAAUGCCUCCAAGCUGCCGAUGUCCAUCAUUAUUGUUGGAGUUGGUGAAGCUGAUUUCAAAGCAAUGGAGUUCCUUGACGGAGACAACGGUGUCCUGAAGUCCCUGACAGGAGAGCCAGCUGCACGAGACAUUGUCCAGUUUGUGCCUUUCCGACAGUUCAAAAAUGCUCCCCGGGAAGCUCUUUCCCAGAUGGUUCUGGCCGAAGUGCCUAAGCAGCUGGUGUCGUACUAUAAAUGGCAGGGAUGGCCACCUGUGAAACCACCGGCAAUAAAGACGAUGUAGAUUGCAGCCUGACUCUGGCCACCUGUAUCACUGGGGUGAAGAGAGCUGUCUGCACCCACACUCUCCCUUGUGGGUGCUCAGUGUCUUGAAAUUCACACUAAUUCUCUUACCUGCUUGUGCUCUGUAUCUUUGAUCUUUCCUGUUCCUAACUGGAAGGAAUGUAAAUAUGGAAAAAACACAACUGCUGGCAGUUUUUGUCACAGAAAAAUAGAACUUGUUGGUUUUCCACCUUGCA